CUGUUUUCCUUUUGGCUAAAAAAAACUACUUUCUGUUUGUGCGCCUGAUGGGUAUUUAUUUCGUCACAAAGAUUUAAAGAUGUCAUUUGAGAAUCCCAGUAAGAAUGGGCCUACUGGGGACAUACAGAAGUUCCCACUUAGACGUUUACAUCCAGCCAUACACAAGUUCCUUAAAGUGGUGGAGAUCGACUUGGACAGACUACACAAACACAGACUCAACAUUGAGAAGUACAACAGACUCGAGGACUGGACAAACUUAGAUAGAGAACAAGUGAACGCCUCCAGGACAGUCCAGCAGAUCAUGGCCAACGUCCGUGAAAUGGAAAAGAUGAGGAAACAGGUCAAGGAUGAUGAGCUGGAGGAAUUCGAUGGAAAAACGUCAAAUAUGAGACAAACAGCAAUUGCUGCCAUCAUGGAAUUUUUAGAUCUAGGUCAGGAAAAAGUUGUUCAUCAAAACAACGAAGAAGAGACAGGGUUCUCUGACUCUGGGGAAGCCCAGUUUCUCCUGAGUUCGCCUAGUUCGUCGGCCCCAGUGACACCCCAGCGUGAGUUCCAUUUGGUACCCCAGAGUCUACCUCCAGACUUUGGCAAAUCACAGACCCAGAUCAACUCGCCCCCACAGGACUCAGCCGCUCAGGAAUCCUGGGACAACCUUCACGAGAAUCUGGUGGACUUGAAUUCCAUGAUACAUGAAUUUGCAACAGCCGUCCAGACCCAGCAGGAAAAACUUGAUGAUAUACAAGACAAUGUAGAGACCACCCAGGAGAAUGUGAGACAGGGAACACAACACCUAGGAAAGGCUAGUAAGCUGAAGAGUGCAGCUUUACCUAUAGCUGGAGCGGUGAUAGGUGGAGUUUUGGCAGGACCUGUGGGAUUGGUGGCAGGAUUCAAAAUCGGGGGAAUGGCUGGAUUGGCAGGGGGAGCCAUAGGUUUCACGGGAGCCAAACUUAUUGAGAAAAGACAAAAGAAGGUUGUGGAUGCAGAACUACAGAAUCUCAGUGAAAAAAGAUCUAACUCCAUGCCAGAUUUGUCAGAGACUCAAAACAAUAAAAGUGACAGUUGGUUUCCCUGGAAUCGAUGAAGAGAGGUUGUGAAAUUUACUAAAUAUGUAUUGUUCUUUGUGUUCUGCCAAUCAAAAGUAAGAGUUUGUAUCUGUUGGUGAUUGUUACCCCUGACAUGACACAAUUCCCAGCUUACCGGUGUCAUAUUACAUCAUACAUCUAUCAUAGAUCUCAAUUUCAAGAAAAAAUCCUCUUCAAAGAGUUUUUUCUGUCAAUUUGUUCUGCUACUUUAAAGCAAAAUAAUAGAGAUGGUUUCAUUAUUGAUCAAAAUGACACAUUUUCAUGGUAAAUGUCAUGUAGAGUCUUGUUUCUAGAACAAUUGAUAUGGAAACAUUCUAAAAAUGAAAUCUCUGCAAAACUCAUGUGUCCUAUAUAUGAUGCAUUUUUCUUUAAAAUAUUCCAAAUAUCAAUGAUGGAAGACAUUUAUUUAGUAUCAGUUACUAAAAUCCCAGUUCUCUCAUUCUAACGGAUACUAAGUAUCCAAUGACUACAGUUUGAUGAGCUUGGAAAGCAUCUACAAAAAUGUUUGCUUGGUAAUAUGAUGAUUUUUACUGCAAAUUCCAAGGUCGACAUUUUCUAUGUUCAUGUACACUGUACCCUUGGGAUUGUGUUGUAGAUUAAUUGUAAUCGAUUUAGGGCUAUUUUAGAAUUACCUGUGUGGGAGGCACUUGUGAAUCCAAAUUCAAAUAGUAUUUCUUGUACUAAAUAUGUUUUAAUAUUUAUUGGGGCCUCUGAACAAGUGGCUCCCACCCCUUUCAAACAGGUAAUUUUGAACACCCUGAAAUGUUUUCUUGCAAAAAAUGUUUUUCAAUUUCCUGUUCAUUUUAUUACAUAGAAACAUUACAAUAAGAUUAGAAUGUUACAGGUGACAACUUCGAUUGAUUGUUUUACUUGUAGCAGGAAAAAUCAAUCUCUUGAAAUACGUCUUUAGUUUAAAAUGUUGGAAGCCGUAUCAAAGUAUCUAUUAUUUUUAUUGAUUUGAUUAUAAUAACAAUAUUGAUUAUAAUUGCCAUAUUGUUUAUAAUUACCAUAUUGUUUAUAAUUACCAUAUUGUUUAUACUUACCAUAUUAUUUAUAAUUACCAUAUUAGACCUAAUAAAUGCACCUUGCGCUUUACAAGGACUCGCACAACUAAAUAUCUUACUAUAUGUUACUACUAGUGGAUCCAUCCCUACAAAUUAUCAAAUUAAAGUUUUUGCUGCUCGAAAAAUGAUGUUAUUGUAUAUUAGGUUUAUUGGCAAAUAAGAGCACAGGGUACUUGAAAGCCAGUAAUGCUGACAUUAACAGCGGACGAUGAACCCCACACCUGGGGAAUUCCUGCCUGUAUAUUUUAUAAGUAGGAGUGUAUAUUUUUGUUUUUCAGGUCUUAAGAUAUAACUCUUUAUUCUCGUAUAAGACGUACCUAUUCUAUAUGUUAAAUUGAUUACUCAAAAUAACUACAAACCUCGAAAACACAUUUCCUUUUGGGACUUGAUUCAGGCGAAUCAACAGCUGCUUGGCUAAUUUAGUUGUGAGAGUCUUACAAAAAAAAACAUAGGGGUGCUCUUGUUAACCAUGUACAGGUAAAAGUUUGUAGGUGAAUUCUGAUUAGGAAUAAUAAUUUUUUUUAUAUAUCUUUACGUAAAUAUUUUAUAAUUAGUUAAAAUUGUAUAAGAGAGCAGUGAGAGGGGAGGUUUUAUAUGUUUAACACACUCAUCCUCUUUACCUGGAACCGGUGGAGGUGUGUUUACACAGGCAGGCACACUUAUUAGGUCAAACGUGGUAAUAAACUAUGGAACCAGCUAUCUAAAAAAAAAUCAUAUCUUCAUUUGAUAUUCAGAUGUGAUAUUUAUUUAUGGUGAUUUCAACAGUUUAACUUACUCAACAUUUAUAACUAUACAUGUACUGCCAUAAUGCUGGCUGAUGUUUGUGUAUAACUAAUUAUCAUCUGAAAAAUGUGAUCAUCAACUUCAGUAAAUGUUGUACUUUAAUCAGUUUGUGAGCAGUGUGACAGCUGGAGGUCAGAUGUUAAUUUUUCUUUUACCAUUAAUAGUCCAUUUUAUAUCACAAUGCCUAAAAUAACAGGAAACUUAAUCAGCAAUACUGCAUACCCCGCCUGUUUUUCUCGCCAAAUCUACAUCAAUUGAUUCAAAUCUAACUGAUCUAAUUUGAUGUACUGUAUUACCUAGCAAUAUUCCCAUAUAUAAUAAGCCCACCUGCAUCUAUUGCUGUUCAUCAAUAACUUAAUAAGUGUGAUCGUAUAUUAUGCUGUAAAGUGAACACACCUGGACUUUAGGUAGCAGAUUGUGUGGUCCGCCAUCCCCGGUGGCUGAUAUUGUAAAGUGAACACCCCUGGACUUUAAGUAACAGAUCGUGUGGUCCGCCAUCCCCGGUGGCUGAUAUUGUAAAGUGAACACCCCUGGACUUUAAGUAACAGAUUGUGUGGUCCGCCAUCCCCGGGGCUGAUAUUGUAAAGUGAACACCCCUAGACUUUGAAUAACAGAUCGUGUGGUCCGCCAUCCCCGGGGGCUGAUAUUGUAAAGUAAACACUCCUAGAGACUUUGAGUUACAGAUCGUGUGGUCCGCCAUCCCCGGGGCUGAUAUUGUAAAGUGAACACCCCUGGACUUUAAGUAACAGAUUGCGUGGUCCGCCAUCCCCGGGGCUGAUAUUGUAAAAUGAACACCCCUAGACUUUGAGUAACAGAUUGUGUGGUCCGCCAUCCCCGGGGUUGAUAUUGCCAAAAUAUAUACAGCAGUGAGCAGUUUAUUUACAGCAACGUAGUCGAAAGUAUGUAUGAUGUUAUUAGCACUGUGUGUCGACUUUAUACAUGUAUUCUAGGGUUACAACAGAUACUUGUAAUGAGAGUUGAUACUGCUACUGUGUUGUGUUUAUUGUUAACUAAGGAACUUUGUAGUAGGAAAGUUUAGACCUACAGAAUAUAUCAGUUAUAUGGUAACCAUGGUCACCAUGAUACAAACAGACUGGGAAUCAUCAUCUUAAAUUCUUUAUGAAUGAAAUAAUUAGACUUUGACAGUGAUGAAAUCAGUUAGAUUUCUGCUCGUUACAGUGAUAAAAUUAGUUAGAUUUCUGCUCGUUACAGUGAUGAAAUUAGUUAGAUUUCCUCUCGUUACAGUAAUAAAAUCAAUUAGAUUUCUGCUCGUUACAGUGAUGAAAUCAGUUAGAUUUCUGCUCGUUACAGUGAUAAAAUCAGUUAGAUUUCCUCUCGUUACAGUGAUGAAAUCAGUUAGAUUUCUGCUCGUUACAGUGAUGAAAUGAAAUAGAUUUCUGCUCGUUACCGUGAUAAUAUCAGUUAGAUUUCUGCUCGUUACAGUGAUAAAAUCAGUUAGAUUUCUGCUCGUUACAGUGAUGAAAUCAGUUAGAUUUCUGCUCGUUACAGUGAUAAAAUCAGUUCGAUUUCUGCUCGUUACAGUGAUGAAAUUAGUUAGAUUUCUGCUCGUUACAGUGAUGAAAUCAGUUCGAUUUUUUGCUCACUUGACUAAUAACUUCACUAGCCAAGGCACCUUUCAAUACUCUCCUUUUAGAAUGAGUAUCAAAUUGAUCACCUUGGUGAACAAUAUUGUUUACAAUAGAUACAGCCAACAUGAAUUUGUUUACCGGUAUUUUAUGUGACCUGGAUUUGAAAAUUCUGGAAAAAUAAAUACCAACAUUUUCUUACAUUGUGUACUGUCAGUCACCUACCUGUGAGACCUUCACGUCCAUCUUAUACCAACGUACUUACCUAACCCCAAACUUUGUCAGUACUCUAGUGGCUUCAUUCCGGAGGGAUUAUUAUCAAAUUUCACACAAUCGUAAAGGACCAUAAUAUUUCUGAUAACUUGUAGUUUCACGUAUUUUGGUAAAGAUCUAGGUCACUGUUACUUGUUUUAGCCGGGGCCGUUAGGGGACAUGCCCAGUAUGUUGUUUGUUGUUCCUGUUGUUAUAGAUACGUUUGUAUAUCAGCCUGUUCCUGUAGCUAUAGAUACGUUUGUAUAUCAGCCUGUUCCUGUUGUUAUAGAUACGUUUGUAUAUCAGCCUGUUCCUGUAGCUAUAGAUACGUUUGUAUAUCAGCCUGUUCCUGUUGUUAUAGAUACGUUUGUAUAUCAGCCUGUUACUGUUAUAGAUACGUUUGUAUAUCAGCCUGUUCCUGUUGUUAUGGAUACGUUUGUAUAUCAGCCUGUUCCUGUUGUUAUGGAUACGUUUGUAUAUCAGCCUGUUCCUGUAGCUAUAGAUAUGUUUGUAUAUCAGCCUGUUCCUGUUGUUAUAGAUACGUUUGUAUAUCAGCCUGUUACUGUUAUAGAUACGUUUGUAUAUCAGCCUGUUCCUGUUGUUAUAGAUACGUUUGUAUAUCAGCCUGUUACUGUUAUAGAUACGUUUGUAUAUCAGCCUGUUCCUGUUGUUAUGGAUACGUUUGUAUAUCAGCCUGUUCCUGUUGUUAUGGAUACGUUUGUAUAUCAGCCUGUUCCUGUAGCUAUAGAUAUGUUUGUAUAUCAGCCUGUUCCUGUUGUUAUAGAUACGUUUGUAUAUCAGCCUGUUACUGUUAUAGAUACGUUUGUAUAUCAGCCUGUUCCUGUUGUUAUAGAUACGUUUGUAUAUCAGCCUGUUCCUGUUGUUAUAGAUACGUUUGUAUAUCAGCCUGUUACUGUUAUAGAUACGUUUGUAUAUCAGCCUGUUCCUGUUGUUAUAGAUACGUUUGUAUAUCAGCCUGUUCCUGUUGUUAUGGAUACGUUUGUAUAUCAGCCUGUUCCUGUUGUUAUAGAUACGUUUGUAUAUCAGCCUGUUCCUGUUGUUAUAGAUACGUUUGUAUAUCAGCCUGUUCCUGUAGCUAUAGAUACGUUUGUAUAUCAGCCUGUUCCUGUUGUUAUAGGUACGUUUGUAUAUCAGCCUGUUCCUGUUGUUAUGGAUACGUUUGUAUAUCAGCCUGUUCCUGUUGUUAUGGAUACGUUUGUAUAUCAGCCUGUUCCUGUUGUUAUAGAUACGUUUGUAUAUCAGCCUGUUCCUGUUGUUAUAGAUACGUUUGUAUAUCAGCCUGUUCCUGUUGUUAUAGAUACGUUUGUAUAUCAGCCUGUUCCUGUUGUUAUAGAUACGUUUGUAUAUCAGCCUGUUACUGUUGUUAUAGAUACGUUUGUAUAUCAGCCUGUUCCUGUAGUUAUAGAUACGUUUGUAUAUCAGCCUGUUCCUGUAGUUAUAGAUACGUUUGUAUAUCAGCCUGUUCCUGUUGUUAUAGAUACGUUUGUAUAUCAGCCUGUUCCUGUUGUUAUAGAUACGUUUGUAUAUCAGCCUGUUCCUGUUGUUAUAGAUACGUUUGUAUAUCAGCCUGUUCCUGUUGUUAUAGAUACGUUUGUAUAUCAGCCUGUUCCUGUAGUUAUAGAUACGUUUGUAUAUCAGCCUGUUCCUGUUGUUAUAGAUACGUUUGUAUAUCAGCCUGUUCCUGUUGUUAUAGAUACGUUUGUAUAUCAGCCUGUUCCUGUAGCUAUAGAUACGUUUGUAUAUCAGCUUGUUACUGUUGUUAUAGAUACGUUUGUAUAUCAGCCUGUUCCUGUUGUUAUAGAUACGUUUGUAUAUCAGCCUGUUCCUGUUGUUAUAGAUACGUUUGUAUAUCGGCCUGUUCCUGUCGUUAUAGAUACGUUUGUAUAUCGGCCUGUUCCUGUUGUUAUAGAUACGUUUGUAUAUCAGCCUGUUCCUGUUGUUAUAGAUACGUUUGUAUAUCAGCCUGUUCCUGUAGCUAUAGAUACGUUUGUAUAUCAGCCUGUUCCUGUUGUUAUAGAUACGUUUGUAUAUCAGCCUGUUCCUGUUGUUAUAGAUACGUUUGUAUACCAGCCUGUUCCUGUAGCUAUAGAUACGUUUGUAUAUCAGCCUGUUCCUGUUGUUAUAGAUACGUUUGUAUAUCGGCCUGUUCCUGUUGUUAUAGAUACGUUUGUAUAUCAGCCUGUUCCUGUUGUUAUAGAUACGUUUGUAUAUCAGCCUGUUCCUGUAGUUAUAGAUACGUUUGUAUAUCAGCCUGUUCCUGUAGCUAUAGAUACGUUUGUAUAUCAGCCUGUUCCUGUUGUUAUAGAUACGUUUGUAUAUCAGCCUGUUCCUCGAUGAAUUACCUUAGUGAUAUUACCUGGUGCUUAUCAAGCUUACUUAUAUUUUUGCUGGUGUAUGUAUGUUUAUUUUUUGUUUCAUUUAUGACAUGAUUACUGUUAUGAAGAGUUCUAUUUUUAUGUGUUCCUAUGUAUGUGUUAUGUAUGUCUUUAACUUUUUUAAAGGAAAUGUUUUUGUAGAAGCAGAUCCAAGAUGACUUGUUUGUGUUAGUCUUAAAAUGCUCAUGUGUUCAUUUCGACAUUUAGGAAAAGCAAAAUAUUUUACUGUUGAAACAUAAGGUGGUCAUAUUUCUGUUUUUACUAAAGGAGGCAGUGUGGAUUAUCAUUUUGCCCACAUAUAUUGUAUGCUUUGAUUUAUAUUUCAGGAGGAAGUAGUUUUGCUGAAGUAUCUUUACUGCAGGAUAAUAAAUUUGUUGUUACUCUAUCUAUG